AUGGUAUCUUCUUCCCUGUAUUGGUCUCUAUUACUUCCGCUCCUUACCCAAAUUGUAGGAGCUUCAGAAACUGCACAAUCUGUAGCAGUUGGUACAACAGGUGAUGUCACUUCUGCUGGUCAAGCUAAUGUUCAGAAUGAUUCAGCAUUUAGUUCUUUUGUAAUGUCUGUUUCGAUGAUUAUAUUCUCCGAGAUUGGUGAUAAGACUUUCUUAAUAUCUGCUUUGAUGUCUAUGCGUCAUCCAAGAUGGUUAGUGUUUACUGCUUCUUCCACAUCUUUAGUCAUUAUGACCGUUCUAUCGGGUCUUUUAGGUCACACUUGUGUCUCUUUCAUUCCUGAACGUUAUACUGCUUUCUUAGCAGGUUUAUUAUUCUUAGUCUUUGGUUACAAACUGACUAUGGAAGGUCUAGAGAUGUCAAAGGAUGCUGGUGUCGAAGAAGAAAUGGCAGAGGUAGAAGAAGAGAUUGCUGUUAGAGAUAUGAAUGCUCACAUGGAUGACGUUGAAAAUGGUAAAGUAGAAGAAAAGAGUGAAAAGGCUAGGAAUGGUAUGACUCAAUUGGAACAAAUGGGUGCCUCUAUAAAGAGACUUGCAUCAUACGUGUUUUCCCCUGUUUGGAUUCAAAUUUUUGCAAUGAUCUUUGUCGGUGAGCUUGGUGAUCGCUCUCAAAUUAGUAUUAUUGCCAUGGCAUCGGAUAGUAACUACUGGAAUGUUAUCUUCGGUGCUGUCGUGGGUCAUGUGCUAUGUAAUGCCAUGGCUGUCGUUGGUGGUAGAUAUCUAGCAAAUAAAAUUAGUAUAAGAACCAUAACUCUUUGUGGUGCUCUAGCUUUCUUUGUAUUCGCUUUGAUGUACGUUUAUGUUGCAUUCACUAUUUAA